UUCCUCCUUUUGGAGUGGCUGGGCUGAGCAGAACACAGGAUAUGCUUCGCAGUGCUCUCAGUUUCGCAGCAGCAGCAGCAGCAGCAGCAGCAGCAGCCGUCGUGAGGACGACACGCUUUGCUGUCAAGAUGAGUGCUGGGGAUGUGGUCUGCACCGGCUGGCUCAUUAAAUCCCCCCCAGAGAAGAAACUAAAGAGAUUUGCGUGGAGGAAGCGCUGGUUUGUGCUUCGCAGAGGUCGCAUGAGUGGUAAUCCUGAUGUGCUGGAGUACUAUCAGAGUAAGAACUCCAAGAAGCCGAUCCGCACCAUCGACCUGAAGGAGUGUGAGGUGGAGAUGCUGAACGGGCAACUCAGGAUAAAGAGAGACUUCAACGGGAAGCACCUCUUUGUGGUGAAGACCUCAUCUCGCAUCUUUUACCUAGUGGCCAAAACUGAGGAGGAGAUGAACAGCUGGAUCAGCAGCAUCAGUCGAAUCUGCCAGUUUGGGAGCCUGGAGGACGCAGAGAGUUCAGAGGAAGGCUUUCCUCACACCCCCACCUCCCCGCAGCUGUCACCUGACGGCUCUGACCGAGCAUCUGUGUCAAGCCAACUAGAAUCCGGUCAUCCCCUGGACUACCUCCUUCUGUCGCAGUGUGAGACAGGGAGUGUAAGCACAAGCAGACACAACAGCCUUUCAAACUCUGACAUCUCACUGGAGCAGAAGUCGUCAGACGAUGCCGUCAAGGACAUCGUCCCCUCACCGCUCUACAAUGAUUCCUCUCCAUCCAGCUCUCAUCCCAACCACAGCCCGUCUCUCUUCCCCCAUGGAAGGCUGAGCAACCCUCCUUUCAGUGCUCCAUGCAUCUCCAUGGCUUUACCUUCCUCGUCGAACUCUCCGCUACGUCACUGUGCCGCUAAUGUCUUCCAGUUUGACCGGCCGUAUUCUUCUCCAUCGUUGGAGGCAACAAGUGACAGACAAACACCUCCUCCGCUGCCACCCAAGCCUAAUCACGUGCCAGAGCAGCUGAGUGAUGAAGGGGCUCACAAGCCGAGAGCGAUGAGUGUGCGGCAUUUCUCGAGGCACGCUGCAUUAUUUCCCCGGAGGACCUCCUUGUCGAGCUUGGACCAAUUGAGAUUUGGAGAUGCUGAUAGCAGGUUGAUGAGGAACAGGAGGCAGAGUCUCAAUUUGCAGCCUUGUUUAAACACCACACUAGUUCAAUGUGUCCAGGAUGAGUCAUAUGUUCCCAUGACUUCUCCUCCUCCCACCGUUGAAUGUGACGGUUACAUCCCCAUGAGCCCAAGGACGUUCAGCUUCCUCGACACAAACUUCAGUGUUGAGUCCUCCGCGGCUGGCGGCUCACUUAUGUGUCAACCGGGAGAUCUCACUCCUCCUCCCAUUCACCGACACCUCAAGCCUCGUUUGAGGAGAGCUCGACCCCCACCUCUUGACCUGAGGGGCCUUUCUACGAUCACAGAAUGUCCCACUCACCUUCCUCUGAGCAGAAUGACAACUGCAUCAUGCUGCAGCUUUUCAGUGAACUGUUUACUUCUUGACAGACAACUUGAGAAUGGAGACAGUGCGAGAGAUGGAGACACAAUGGAGUCAAGGCAACAUGGAUGCGAUGGAGCCGGUCACUCCUGGGCGAGAAAAUCCAACCUUGACUAUUUGUCCCUGGAUUUCAAUUCUGCAUCCCCCUCUCCAGUACAGAAGCAGAAGCCUUUUCUGUGUGAUGACCACAGAGUGGAUUACGUGCAGGUGGAUGAGAAGAAGACCCAGGCACUGCAAAGCACCAAAAUGGAGUGGACAGAUGUCAGGCAGUCAAAGACAUCAAUGGAAAAUACAUUGUAGAAAAAAUAUAAACACUGGGUUGCAAGAAGAUUAACCAAUAACACCAGCAAAGAGGACAUAUGUGAAGAGGACCAAAAACAACUUACUGUAAAAGCACUUUGUAAAACAGCAUUGACAUUAAAAUGUACAGGUGUAAAUAGAGAAAGGUCAGAGGCUUGUUUGCGCAGAAAAAACCCCACAAUUGCACUGAAAAACCUGAGUUCAUUCUCAGUUGUUUGUUACUGUAAAUGCUGCCUGAUCAUGCACUGUCAUUUUUACUGUAGCAUAAGGUUUUACCAACAUUUUAAAAAGGGCAUCACAUUGCUUUAUUGUAAAAAAAAUGAAGUUUGCUGUAAAUGUAUUGUAUAAUUGUAGCUGUACAGAAGAAAAUAUUUUCAUGACCAAAUGUUUAUUUCAAUGUUUCUCUCCUUAUUUAUGUAUCUUGAACCAAAAUGAUCAAUAUUGAGCUAAAGGACACAUUCAAAGCUUUGAGAAUAUCGAACCUCUAAAUUUUCAAAGUGAAGAAUUUUCCUUUCAAACAAUCUAAAAAAUUAUUGUUAUCAUGUUUUACUUAAAAGUUUGCAUGUCCACAAUUAACCCAUAGAUACUUGUCAUGGAUUGUUCUUUAAUAAUAAUGAGUAUAAUAACUGGACCUGCAAGCAGGUAUUAAAGGGCCCUCGCACCUUGGCGGCAGUGGGGGAGUCACACGAGGCUGCUACGCCCACUAAGAAAUAUUCAGGGUGGAUGUUAGAGCGUGCCCCUGCAUCCAUCGGGUGCUACUGGAGAAUGCUUGCUAAUUAUGUCUCACAAUUCAGCUAUGAGGUCUGGAGUCGCCUUUGAAAAUGACGAAUAUGACGUUUGAACCAGAAGGACUACUUCCUGUUUCCAGUCGGUGGUGCUGUUGAGCCAUUUUGCCUCACCUGCCAAAUAUUGUCCUUGGGGUUUGUUUACGUAGUGAAUCAUCAUACAUGUCAAGUUUGAGGCCGAUUGGAAGAUGUGCAGUGACGUUACAGCCACUUCUGUAUCAUCGCCGGUCAAUAUAGGCUUAAAGGGAUAGUUCACCCAAAAAUGAAAGUUCAGUCAUUAUCUACUCACCACUAUGCCGAUGCAGGGGUGGUUGAAGUGUUUGAGGCCACAAAACACUUCUGGAAUCUCAGAAGUAAACUUUGUACUUGUCAUUUACACCAUGUUAUUCCACACCAUUGUGUGGCUAAAUCCGCUAGCAUUGGCACUUGCGACUUUUAGGUUUAAAACAUGGUGUAGAUGACCUUGUUUCGAGUCGAAUAUGAAUGUCGGGGCUUGUGGACACUUGGAAGACACCACACGAGCAGUAUGGCGGCAUGUUGUGUUUUUUCUGUUGUUUUAUUACGUCUGAAGAAAAGGUCACCAUUGACUUCAAUUGUAUUUGAUUCUGCUGUAACAAAGUUUUCCCCCUGAGACUCCAGAAGUCAUUUGUGGACUCAACACUUCACCCGCACCUCCAUCUGCAUAGUGGUGAGUAGAUAAUGAGUGAUUUUUCAUUUUUCAGUGAACUAUCCCUGUAACGUAUGUACAAUUUUAAAAAUAAGCACAAAUAAAUGGCUGAAUUCCUGUUGGGUUUGUAAAA